GGCUACAGUUGAACUGUUUCAUUUCUGAUUUGACCAUAUUUCCCGUUGGUGCGUUGCUGCAUUAUGGGAAGCCUUUGUGUUAUGUUCAUUUUAGCCCAUAGAGGUCGCUAUCUUAUUACUGUUUAUCCAUCGACAGCCAUGUAUUUAUGAUAUAUAGCCUAACUAAUAUUAUAUAUAACUGAUAAUGUACAAUUACAUUCUGUUAAGAAAAAUUACGAAAGUAGCCUGCAUCCUGUGAAUGAACUAUUACGUAACAUGAAAAGAAUCCUUAAAGGCUGUAGAGCACCUUUUCAAUUCAAAUAUUAGAAAUACUCCAAUGUUUACAUCAUAUGUUGCGGCUGGUUGCAGGUAAAACGUUAUUUGCCUGUAUUUAUCGUGGCUACCUAUACUGACAGCAUUUCUUUUAAUGCGCGCUUAGCCCUCGCAUUGUUACGGGGCUAUUUUCUGCCCAUCUGCCCCCACUGGUUUUAUGUACAAACACAGAAGCAAUCGUAUAGGCUACAUGUAGGGUAUUCAGUAAACAAAACUGUUUAAUGCAAAGCAGUGCCAAGUCUUCUGUGGAAAAGUUCUCUGUCAGAAUUUCCACAUGCGCUUUGGACCAGAGCUGAAUUAUGUUUUUCUAUAAAUAUAUAAAAAUGUAAAUGCAUUUACUGCAUUAAUUGACUAUUUAUCAUGUGACAAUAAUUCGGCGGUUGUUGGGAGGAUCUAUGGUGUAGGCCUCGAGUAAACGUAGCUUCAGUCUAUUGGGAAAUGUACACAGUAAAAAGUCCAGUGUUCAUUCAACUCUACCAGAUAACAAAUGAACAUUUCACUGUGCAUUAUGCGCAGUAGGAUUCGUAUUUCUGUUCAUCGGCUCCAGAACCUCAAAGAUUAUACGUCACACUUACUAUUUCAUUUGAUUGUGCCUAUAAAUUCUGAAUUGUAAUAUUUGAUGGCACAGAAAACUGGACAUUUGACGUUGUCAAGGAAGUAUUCGCCUAUACCGUGCACUAUUUGAAACAUUCCCAAAUAAAUUACAAUUAAAAUUUUGUAAGCAAAAAUAGUAAUCAUAUUUUAUUAUUAUUACACAUAGCCCAUUUUAAUUAACACAAUGUUCAACGUUUCCGAUCAGUCCGGGCAGCCCGUUUUCAUGUCUUAUUAAUUUCCCCAACAAACGUUCAAGGGAGGUGACCCAUAAACCAACUCUUAGGGAAUGACAAACUUUCAGAAGCGCACUUUCCCAAGUGAAUGGCGGCUAGGUCCGGCUACACCUUUAGUGUUAUUAUAAGCGACUCACUUUAGGUGCGUGCGGAUAAAGCAUCGUUUGCACACACUCCUUUAAGUCUCUGUUCAAAUGUUAGUUUUCGUCAUUCGCUGCCAUUGUCUCCACAUAUAUUGCGAGCCGGUUUGCGAUUUGUGCAACUUGUGUUUAUGAUAUGCCAGUCGCAAAUGGUUUUAUAGGCUAGUUAAGUGCAGUAGCUAUUAUUUUUCUUUGUGACAACGCAGGCGUCUAGUUAAAAUUUCCCAUUCCUGUUUAUCGAUCGUCACGAGAACGAAACUUUUAUGGUCAGACUUUAAAAUGUCGCCCAGUGCAAUCAACAAUUUCUUUUGCUAAGCGGACUCACGGAAAGAGAUUGUUAAAAAAAAAUUUAAAAAAGCAAAACCAACUCCGUAUAAAAUGGAAAUGAAGUUAUAAUUUGCACCAACAGUCAGAGGUUAGUCAUUUGCCUACCGUAGGCUACUUCCAGGGGCACUUACGUAAACUCCAUAUCCCUUUGUAAUAGCCCUGUCCUCAUCUGCUGCCUAAUUGGACUAUAUAAGACCAAUAACGAUGGAGCGCCUACAGCCUACAUGCCAAAGCGCCAAAUCUAGGGAGGGUGGACUUAGUUGUUAACGCAUUCACUCACACACACACUCUCUCUCUCUAUUUCUCUCUCUCUCGCUCUCUCUCUCUCUUUCUGCUUCCCAUCCCUUCCUUAAUCCCAUUUGCCAUUGUACGUGCCCAAUCGCCGUAUACUCUCCGCAUUUAACUUGGAUGACAUUUUUAUUUCAUCAUUAGCAUCUGGCGCCAGACUGACGCAGUUGCAUUGCUACAUUUUCAGAGAGGACCACAGGACCUGGAUGCAAGAUUGAUGUUACUUUUCGGCGUAUUUCUUUAUAUUUGCCGUCAUUGCCGCUCAUGUUACAAUAUACUCAGCCUAUGAAAAAGCUUUGAAAGUAUAACAAGAAGGAAACAAGAUAAAAUAAACCAACAACCGUAUCUCCUUCGGUAUUGCCUUUUUAAAGAUUUUAUUUUACAACGCGCAUUUGUGGUCUGAGGCAUUCGGACCACAAAACAUUUAGCAGCAAUGCCCGAGACAGCGCAAGAGACCUGCACUCCUGCUAAAGAUUCUCCAUUUUUCAUUAAGAACCUUCUGAACUGCGAUAGCAAGCCCUCCAAACCCAAGCCGGUCCUUGCGUCGUCGAAAGGGGCAUUGGAGGGCAGCUUUUCACUGUCUCAGGUCGGGGACUUAAGUUUUCCUCGCUUUGAAUUACCCACCCAGAGGUUUGGUCUGCCGGCGCACUACCUGGAGCGAGCCGCGGCAUGGUGGUACCCCUACACGCUCAGCGCGUCCAGCCAUCUACACCGGACUGACGUCCCAGAAAAAGCAAACGCCAGGGACUCGUCUCCGGCCUCUGGCACAGACAGAGAUUCCCCUGACCUGGUGCUCAAAUCCGACACCGACGCCAAAGAGGAUGAAGAUAACAAAAGUGCUGACGAAAUCGUUCUGGAAGAGAGUGAUUCGGAGGAAGGAAAGAAAGAAAGCGGGGUGGAUGACUGGAGGAAAAGGGAGGACAGUCCGGAUAAGAAACCGUGCCGGAAAAAGAAAACGCGCACCGUUUUCUCUAGGAGCCAGGUCUUCCAACUGGAGUCCACCUUUGACAUGAAGCGGUACCUGAGCAGCUCGGAGAGAGCGGGCCUUGCAGCGUCGCUGCACCUCACAGAGACACAGGUAAAGAUUUGGUUCCAGAACAGAAGAAACAAGUGGAAGAGACAGCUCGCGGCCGAACUGGAGGCCGCUAACUUGAGUCACGCGGCGGCACAGAGGAUAGUGCGCGUGCCCAUUUUGUACCACGAGAACUCAGCCUCGGAGACCGGGAGUCCGGCGGGCAACGUGCCAGUCAGCCAGCCUCUACUCACGUUUCCCCACCCUGUGUACUAUUCACACCCUAUAGUCACUUCAGUACCGCUCCUCAGACCAGUUUGAAAACUAAGUUUUAUGUUUGUUUGUUUUUUCUUUUAUUUUCUAUAUUUGCCAUGUAAUUUAAAUGUAAUAUUACUUAAUAUGACUAACGUUAUAAUCAUUAUUUUUGUAAGAAAAAUAAAAAAAUGAAUCUUGAAAUUUUACGAGCCGAAGUUUAAUUUUCAGCCAUUUUUAAAGUUAAUCAUUCAUAUAAUAUGCGCCACAUUAUUAUUAUUAUUAUUAUUAUUAUUAUUAUUAUUAUGGGGCUCCACGUUAUAAAGUUAUGGGUAAGUUUUGUAAAACAAUACACGCGGAAAUUAGGCCUGAAAACAUGCUUUGGGGCAAAGACUUGUUUUUCCUUUUUAUAAAUUAAAAGUGAUUUCACUGUUUCAUGACUAGGAAAUUCCGUUAAAAUGUGAGACGCCCACAAAGAUAGACAGGACAUCCUUAUGGCGGCCGGAUUAUCUUUCCGUUUUUGGCCGCAGUGUUCAUUUGAAAUGGGAUAUGUAAGUUAAUGCAAUUUGCAAAACAGUGUAGGCUAUGUAAAACUUGCUUCGAUGUAUUGUUUAAGAAAUCGUACAUGAGUUUGUUUUGUAUAUUGUUAUCAAUGUUACUUUAAUAUUUGUGCAAUACUGUCCGCUAUGUCAACGCACUGUAAAGUAAAAUUAUCAUCUUACUGUACAUUAGCGUUCUUUCCUUAUUUCCAUUUUUCUUUUUCUUUUAUUAUUUUAGGCCGAAUGUGAAUGCCGUAACUUAUUUACUUUCGGCACGGACAUAUAGGCUUCGAUAAAAAAUACACCCUUCACGCAUUUAAGCGCUUUAUAUGGGGGACAAUCACUGUUUAUUUUUUAUCAUGUUUUCAUUUUUUACACUUAAAUGAUAAAAAUACAUGUCUCAUGCCUACUGGUCUCUCAUGAUUCACCGAUGUUAAUUUACUUGAAGGCAAUCAUUGAUUAUGUAAUUUUUAAACUUUUUUUAAUGAUAACACAUUGUACAAAUGAAUAUGUAUAUAAGUAAGGAGAUAAGCCAUGCAGUUGCUACUCUCCUUUUGUAUUAUAGAACAAACUUUUUGAUAUUGUAUUGCUGAAUUGCGUUGUGGAAUAAAUUGAAAGCUUUCUUUAUUCGGUCCUUGUGUGUAAAUUGUGAUGACACAAAACAGAAAAAGUGGAUUUUCGGUUUACUUUUAUCGAAGUCGAAAGACAAAAACUCCAUGUUAAUUUCCAGCUUUCUCAGACAACUACAUUUUAUAGUGCACCUAUAAAAUAGUUGAUACUCCAAAUUCGCGAACAUUCAUUUAAACAAGUUUUAACCAACAGUCGCUGUUUCAGUGUCACUUCAUUGUACGUUCUAAUUAAUAAUAUU